CCUUCGCACUGACAAUUUCGACCUCGUUCCCUUUAAAUUCUGUCCUUCUUCUCCCUCUCGAUUCUCUUCUCCUUCCCCAAAACAAUCCACACUCAACUCCGAACCAGAAUCUCCAAAAGAGCAAUUCUAACUGUCCACUGCAGAACCAACACCAAGAAUAUCCUCCAGAUGGCUCCCAAGGCAUCUGGUUCCACCGCCGAGGGCACUGCAAUCUCCGACGCGAUCGUCGGCUUCAGUCUCCGCGAGACGAAGCUACUCGCCGCGGCCUUUGUGGCCAUGACAGCGCCCGGAAAGAUCAACUAUGAUCUCAUGGCCGAAUUGACCGGCAACACGGUCAAUUCUCUGCGAAAGAUGUUCCCCCCAAUCAAGCAGCGGGUCAUUGCCGCUCACCCCAGCUUCGGCGUCUUCAUGAGCGGCGCUAUUUCUGCUGCCGGCAUAGAUGGCCCCUCCACUCCGGUCAAGGCCAACGGCGGUCGCAAGCGCAAGAAUGCCUUCCCCGAGAACGAGGAUGCCAAUGACGCCGAGGACGGCGACAACGGAACCGCCACUGGACCGGUCAACAAGGGCAAGGGCAAAGCGAAAGCCGCUGCUAGCGAUACUGGCGAUGUCGCGAAGCGCAGGCCUGGUCGCCCCAGAAAGGCCAAGGUUGAAGCUGAAGCUGGUCCCGAGAAGGCCGACGCCAACACUGAGGUCAAGUCAGACACCGAAGACAUGAUCAAGUUGGAGCCCAAGCCUGCAUCCAUCUUCGGCGGCGAUGACUACAAUCAGUAGACAGCUUUGCGUCGCUCAAGCGAAGAGAAGAACCGAAUGAAUAUCGCUCGCAAACGUCGAAAUCGACAUCCUCGUUCCCCGUUCUUACCGCCGGUUCUUUCGCUUGAGAUGCACGCUUCUGUCCUGGACCCGGGGGUUUCUCACCCUUGCCUUUCUCUUUUCUUAUGUCUGCUGAGGUGGAGUAGUCUAGGGGGACCAGAAUCAUGUUCUGUCAAGGUUUCGGACCUUGACUCUGAUUGACGAUAUGAACGACCAUGAAUCGAUGACUACGAAAAUGAACAUCGAACUUCAACAAAACCCUUCCCAUCCCCC